CCUAUACACUUGGUUCCCUCGCUAAAACCCUACACCCAUUUUUCCCUCCAUCGUCAUCGUUCCUUUGCCGACUGUUAGCAAUCUCUUCAUAAUUUCUUCGCUCGAGAUUCUCAUGGGAGCGUUGCAGAUGCAAUUACAAUCUCGCCUUCGAGUUUCGAAGAUUUUGUCUUCAACAAUUCGGAAUUGGGAAAGAGGCUUUCCUCUGCUCCAUGAUCCAUUGCGAACGCCGGAUUUGUCACUCUCGCCGGUGGAAUCUCGCUGUUUUAGCUCCAAUUCCAUGGAUGACGAUUGGAACUUCUCAAGGUCCGAGCCGAGAAGCAGCCCGCCGCAACGACGUUCUCCCCCGGAUCCUCGGGAAGCUCGUCGAGUUCCCAAAUUCGCCGGGGAAGGAUCUGCUCCUUACCCUGAGGACAAUCGGAAUCAACGGUUUAAUAGGCAUUCGGAAGGUUCCUCGUCCCGAUUCGCAAACGAAGGGCCGAUGUCGCGGCGAAGGAAUGAGUCUUUGUCUCAGAAGGAUUUUAGCUUUCUUGAAAAAUUCAAGCUGAACACUGACAAUCAGAGUACUAGUACAGAGAAAAUCGAGCCGAGCUCUUCUGCUCAGUUUUCUGAAUCAAUGCAAGGGGAGCAAUCGCAACCACAGUGUCCUCCAGAAGCGGAUGAGAUAUUCAGGAAAAUGAAGGAAACUGGUCUAAUUCCCAACGCUGUUGCUAUGCUUGAUGGGCUUUGCAAGGAUGGGCUUAUCCAAGAAGCAAUGAAACUAUUUGGUUUGAUUCGUGAGAAGGGUACAAUUCCAGAAGUUGUGGUUUACACUGCUGUUGUUGAUGGGUUUUGCAAGGCCGAGAAGCUUGAUGAAGCAAUUAGGAUUUUCAGGAAAAUGCAGAAUAAUGGCAUUUCUCCCAAUGCCUUCAGUUACGGCAUCUUGAUACAGGGACUGUACAAAUCCAAACAAUUAGAGGAUGCCGUAUCAUUUUGCAUUGAGAUGUUAGAAUCUGGGCAUUCUCCAAAUCUAACCACUUUUGUCGGCCUAAUUGAUGAGUUAUGCAAAGAAAAGGGGGAGGACGAAGCUCAUACUGUCAUAGAAACCUUAAAACAAAAGGGAUUCUUGAUUAAUGAGAAAGCUUUAAGAGAAUUCUUGAAUAAAAGAGCCCCAUUUUCUCCACAUAUCUGGGAACUAAUCUUCGGGAAGAAAACGAAGGAAUUUUUCUGAGAUUCUUGUCGUGGUUAAGAAGUUGUGAAGAUACCAAUCAUGUUACUGAGAAGAAACCGCAAGUUGAAAUUAAUGAAACUCAGUAUCCAGAUUAAAACUGGUUCAAGAGUGAACAGUCUACGACUGUUGAAGUGAGCUCUAAGAGUAGUUCAAGUUUGGAGAACUCAAUACUUUGUGCAGUCUAGUUCAUUGACCUUUGGUUAAAUAUUGUGUGGAUCAAACGGCAUGGCAGAUAUUGGCUACGGUUAAUGACAUGGAUAUUUUUUGAUAGAUUGUGAACAUCAGAAAAUGUGUUAAGUUCACUAUUUACCUCUUAGAAUUUUUUUUUUUUACAAACAUUUAUGUAAGUUAUGAAUAUUUCCUUGGUUUCUACCAUUAAUGGCUACAUAGAGAUGGAUUUUUAGGUUAAAUUAUUGAUCUAGUUUUUGAACUUU